UUCCCUAUAAAUCCUUGAUAUCUCCGAUUUGGAGUUUGUUUCUCUUCAAUCUGAAUUCUUCUUUUCGUAUUCUUGAAUCCUAAAGGAACAAUCUUUUGUGUCAAAGAACGUCUGUAAAGAUGACAGGGGACAACAAUGAAGCUAGGGUUUCUUCAAGCGACUCGGCUACAUCAAACGAUGCUUCCCAGACGAGACAAAGGAGAAAGAGGAAGUGGGAUCAGCCAGCAGAGCAACUUGUUGCGGCUGGAGUUGCGUUUCCUCAGUUACUUCCUUUAGGCAACAAUACUUUGAAUGUUCCUGCUAUGGGGCCAUUGCUCCAAACUCUUUCUGUGCCUUUAGCAGUUGCAAAACUGAAUCAAGCUAAGAUGCAGGAUGAGUUGAUCAUAGCACGAGAAAUUGUUAUCAAUGAUGCUGAGGCUUCUCUUAGACAUAAGCUUACUAGACGCUCAACUCAAGAAGAAAUUCAGAGGUCUACUGGUGCUGUGGUGAUUACUAGGGGCAAGUAUCGUCCUCCAAAUGCACCUCCUGAUGGUGAAAAGCCGUUAUAUCUUCACAUAUCUGCCGCUGCUCAUUUAAAAGAGACUACAGAACGUAUCUUAGCUGUUGAUCGUGCAGCAGCUAUGAUUGAGGAGAUGAUGAAACACAAAUCAAACUCACAGGUCGGGUCGGCUGGUUUGCCGACUGCCAAGAUGCAGAGUACAUGUGUAUAUUUGGGUUUCGACGCUGAUCCAUCAUCUAACGUUGCUGCUCGUAUUCGUGGACCGAAUGAUCAGUAUAUAAAUCACAUUAUGAAUGAAACAGGAGCAACUGUUGUACUAAAAGGACGUGGUUCAGGAAGCCUUGAGCAACAUGGAGAGGACGCACAGCUACCAUUGCAUCUAUUAUUGUCCAGCAGCAACCCUAAGAGCAUCGACGAUGCAAAACGUUUAGCUGAGAAUCUUAUGGAUACAAUCAGUGUAGAAUUCGGGGCAUCAAGGGUUUCCUCAAGCAAGGUGUAUGGUGCAGUACCACCACCACAGCAACUGCUUUCGGGAGCACCGGGUUCUGGUUUGAUUCCAUCAUAUGGUUUGAUGACAUCGGUACCCGUCACAACACCACCAAAAACUGUUAGUCCGUUUCCAGUUACUCCAGCAACAAGUCUUUAUCCUCAGUUUCCAGUGAUGCAACCUCUAGGAAUUUCAAAUGGUGGGCACUUUCAACCAAGUCCAGUGACUUAUUUACAACCCAUGGCUGGGGGAACCAGCUAUAGUGGCUAUGCUGGAAUAUACCCUCAAGCGACACCACUUCAACAAGUUGCUCAAGUCCUUAAACAAUCAAUUUCUCCUGCUAUCUCUACUGUGCCACCUACUAUGUUGACAGCUACGUCCUUGUCAAACCCAAGUGAUAUUUCAAGAAAGGAAAAGGAAAGGCGCCCACCCCAAAGGCGAAAGUUUCAGGAACUACCAGCUGAUUGUAAUGUUCCAGCAAAACCCAAACAGGUAUUUUUCUGAACUCUAAGAAGCUAACUAGCUGAUUCUGGACCCGUGGGCCACUGGUUUGCAUGUUUCACAGGUUUUUUUUUUAGUAGUGGAGGCACCAUGUGGUUUGCAGUCAUUUUCGCUUCAACUUGGGGACCAGAAUUAGAACUUUAUCCAUACUUUGAAAUGUCUUUUAAAUAGAUGUGAUAUGUGUCCAUGUGUGCAUGCCAUUUUUGCACAUUCCAAUGCAUCUUCACUGUAGUACCUUGCAUUUAGGUUGGCAUUACUCAUUAUAGACAUUGACUGAAACCCUUAUACAUGGUAGAAUAGGCUCAUUCUCCACGGUAGAUGGAACUUUGUUCCAGAAUAGUUUCUAUCUCCAAUCUAUGUUUCAUGAUGCUUGUAGUUAGAGAACAUUAAUAUAUAGCUGUCAUUGGAACUAAGCAGCUAUACCUUUUCUGAUCUUUAACUUAGUUAUGUCUUUAAGGAUGCUAGAGAGCUUAACACUAUUUAAAUGAAAUCGUUGUUAUUUAGCUUUACAAUUUUACCAAAUACAUUCUUCGUUAUUUAGCUUUCCUAUAAAUUCCUGGAUUUUAAAGCAUUUGCAUUAAGAUUACCCUCUUUACAUAUUUGCAUGAUCACUUUUAUUGAUGUAUCGAACUGUUGCUGUGUAAAUUGGUUUCGAAUGUUCUAUUCAUAUCAUUUGUUGCAGCAGUUGGAGUUAGCACUGUCAGGUGAAGUUGCUCCAAAGAAUGUAGUUGAGGAGCCAACAGCAAAUAGAGUGCGGUCACCUCCUUCACCAAGA